AUGGGUCAAGAGAACUUGUUGCCACCGCAGGUUGGCGCUCAGGUUGGCCGCCCAACUCUGGUGCUCGAUCUUGACAACACUUUGAUCGAUGGAAGCGUCUCACGGCCCGGCCUCGAUCAAUUCCUCCACGCUGUCAAGGAUUUGUAUGAGGUUGUGCUAUUCACAGCAGGAACUCGAGAGUGUGCAGAGAAGAUCGUGGAUGAGAUUGAUCGAAAGCAUGGGAGCAUCGCACACCGGUUGUACGGGGAUUCAUGCGUGGAUUUUGUGAUCAAGCCAGCAGCUCUGCUAGGCCGGGACAUGAAGAGGGUCGUGGUCGUGGAUGACAAGCCCGAGAUGUUCAAGAAGAAUGUGGAGAAUGCAUUGCCCAUCAAGCCCUUCUUCUCCAAAGGGAAUGGUGACGAUGAAGAUGAGGAGCUGCUCAAGCUCAUCCCUUUUCUCACCUUGCUUGCCAAGAUGAAUGAUUUUAGGGCUGCAAUCUUCGAAUGGAAAAAGCAGAAAACACAAAAGUCUUCUUCAUCUGAUGAUGUUGUUAUCAGGUCUUGGGCAGACAGUCCCUUGGCUUGGAACUUUGAGAGGAGCUGCAAGACACCAGAUGUUGGCACUGGGAUGGCCGUGAGCUCCACCUCUUUCAAUGUGAAUCAGGAUCAUCGCUUGGCACUGGUGGUGCUGAAGAAGUUGGCUCAAAAGAAGAGCUUAAACGAAAGGAAGAAAGGGAAAGUUCAAACACUGAGCAAGUAUGGACCAAGAGCAAGAGGGACACUGGCUCUCCACUGCGGCCUUGAUAUUGUCAAUGACAUCAACGAACAGCACAGUGUUGCUGAUGCACAGGAUUCAGCUGACGAGCUUUGA